AUGGCCAUUAAGCACAAUCAGCAAAUCCCCAACAACCAUUUCCGCAAGGACUGGCAGCGUCGCGUGCGGACCCACUUCGACCAGCCGGGACGCAAGCUCCGCCGCAGAAAUGCUCGUCUCACCAAGAUCGCUGCUAUGGCUCCCAGGCCCAUCGAUCUCCUAAGGCCUGUCGUCAGAUGCCCAACCAUCAAGUACAACCGUCGUGUCCGUGCCGGUAGGGGGUUCACUUUGGAGGAGCUGAAGGAGGCCAAGGUCCCCCGCAAGCUCGCUCUCUCCAUCGGUAUCCCAGUCGACUACCGCCGCCGCAACACCAGCGUCGAGUCCCUCCAGGCCAACGUUGCCCGCCUCAGCGAGUACAAGUCCAAGUUGAUCUUGUGGCCCCGUAACGCCAAGAAGGUUCAGCCUGGUGAGGCCUCUGCUGAGGCCACCGCCGAUGUUAAGCAGCUCGCUCGUGUUGCCUCUAUCUUCCCUAUCGACAACACCCCCGGCCGUCACACCGUCGCUGAGCGCGCCAUCACCGAUGCUGACAAGUCCCGCAAUGCGUUUAGAGAGCUCCGUGUUGCUCGUGCUGACGCAAGGAACCUUGGUAAGAGGGAGAAGAGGGCUAAGGCUAAGGAGGAUGAGACCGCGGCCAAGAAGAAAUAA